AUGACCUCGAGGAGGGUUGUAUCGUUCCUCUACUUCUUCACGUUCUGGGCAGCGGCAUGCCAGGGGCGUUUCCUCGCCAUCUUCUUUAGGGACCUCGGCCUUAGCAACGGAGAGGUUGGUUACUUGCUUGCAGCAGGGUCGGCCACGGGGUUAGCGGCGACUCCGAUAUGGGCCGGGGUGUGCGACUAUCUUCAAGGAAAGAAGAAAGUCCUGGAGGCGAACAUCCUUUGCUCGUCUUUAUGUGUCUGUCUCUACCUGAUCCCUUACGCGAUUCCUUUUCUCCAUUCCGGUACCCUUCUCUUCACCUGGACACUGCUCGCCCGCUGCACGUACAGCUUCUUCUUCACCCCCGUCUUCACGAUCCUGGACACCCUCUCAGUUCAGAACCUGGAAGAUCCAAAGAGGAACUACGGCAAGUGCAGGCUAUGGGGAGCUGUCUCCUGGGGCCUCGUCAACGCUCUCUUCCUUGGUCCACUUCUCGAUUUUGUUGGGAGCUGGACGAUGGUGGUUGGGUUCCUAAUGGCGUCAGUUGUUCUCUUUGCGGUCAUUCACCUGAUGCUGUUCGAGCGCAAGAAGCAGGGUGAACCAGCCAAGGAUUCAGCGUCUUCGCUGGGCACGUACGAGCAGUUUGAUGUUGGAGAGGCUGAAGAGGGAGAAAAGAGAGCUGAGGAGGAGAAGGACAAGACCUGGAACAGGUUUUCCUUCAAUCACUUACGGGGAGUCGUGCAGCAAGUCUUGCAAAUCGUGUGGGCAGAGAAGCUUGAGAGCUUGAGCUUCUUCGUGACCUUCUACGUGCUCGGCAUCGGGACGUCGUUGGUGGAGGGACUGGUUUUCCUCUUCUUCACUCAAGAUCUGGGUGCCAACAACUUCUUGUGUGGGAUCACAGUAGUAGUCACUGUCUUGUUCGAGAUACCCAUCUUCAACCACAGUGACUGGAUCCUCAAGCACAUCAACGUUCACGUUCUGGUUGUCAUUGGAGCAAUCUCUUACAUCGUUCGUGUCGUCUGCUACACACUCUUCAAGAAUCCCUGGUUUGUCCUCUUCGUCGAGCCCCUCCACGGGGUCACCUAUGCCUGCAUGCAACUUGCUGGAGUGCACUAUGCAGCUGAGCUCGCACCGAAGGGCCUCGAGACCUCCACGCAAGGCCUGAAAGACACAGUACGAGGGCUCGGACACAUCACAGGGACUGUGCUGGGAGGAAUAAUCAUGGACGUGUGGGGAUCGGUCUUCAUGUAUCGAUCAGCAGCAGCUCUCGUCACGGCGACUAUCACACUCUACGCGAUGAUUCAAGGAUGUGGAUCAAAGAAGUCACAGCAGACAUGA